GAGAGAGAGAGAGAGAGAGAGAGAGAGAGAGAGAGAGUGUGUGUGUGUGUUUGUAGUUUGUUCGUUUCUACCGUCUUUGCAAACUAACCGCCGUUUCUACCGGAUACGUUAUUCUUCGUUAGUUAGACCAGUUUUCUUCUUCGGACUUCUCUUUUGUGCGGUAAGCUCGAAGUGGAAAUAUAAAAGAAAGCAAGAACCAAAGAAGAAGAAGAAGUAGAAGAAGAAGAAGAAGAAAAAGCACCCAAACCUGGAGGAGGAAAAGGGCGUUCAUACUUCGAAGUAACCAUGGAAGUUCCUGGUAUGCAGAGUUCUCAGAUUGAUCCGGAGGAGUUGUUCACUAAACUUGAUCGCAUUGGAAAAGGAUCUUUCGGAGAGGUGUUUAAAGGAAUCGAUAAUCGAACCCAGAGCGUUGUUGCCAUAAAGACCAUCGAUCUGGAGGAGGCCGAGGACGAGAUCGAGGACAUCCAGCAGGAGAUCACAGUUCUCAGUCAGUGCGACAGUCCCUACAUCACCAAGUACUACGGCUCCUACCUGAAGGGCAGUAAACUAUGGAUCAUCAUGGAGUAUCUGGGCGGAGGAUCAGCGCUCGACUUGCUGCGGGCAGGUCCGUUUGAUGAGUCUCAGAUCGCCACCAUGCUGAAGGAGAUCCUGAAGGGGCUCGACUACCUGCACUCGGAGAAGAAGAUCCACAGAGACAUCAAAGCCGCCAACGUCCUGCUGUCGGAGCACGGCCAGGUGAAGCUGGCCGACUUCGGCGUGGCCGGUCAGCUGACGGACACGCAGAUCAAGAGGGAAACCUUCGUGGGAACGCCGUUCUGGAUGGCUCCCGAGGUCAUCCAGCAGUCCGCCUACGACUCCAAGGCCGACAUCUGGUCUCUGGGCAUCACGGCCAUCGAGCUCGCCAAGGGCGAACCUCCGAACUCGGACAUGCAUCCGAUGCGAGUUCUGUUCCACAUCCCCAAGUCUCCGCCUCCGACGCUGACCGGAGAUUUCUCCAAGAGCUUCAAAGAGUUCACCGAGGCCUGUCUCAACAAGGACCCUGCCUUCCGUCCCACGGCCAAGGAGCUCCUCAAACACAAGUUCAUCGUCAAACACUGUAAGAAGACGUCCUACCUCAGUGAGUUGAUUGACAGGUUCAGGAGGUGGAAGGAGGAGGGGCACAGCGACAGCAGCUCCGACGACUCAGACAGUGAGUCCAGCAAUAAGGAGAACAGCGAGUCUCCCGAAUGGUCCUUCACCAUCGUCCGUAAUAAGAAGACGGAGGGCAGGAAGGUUCUCAACGGGACGGUUCAGGAUCAGCUGAGUAAAUCUGCCAGUCUGACCACAGUCAUCUCUCCUGUGUUCACCGAGUUGAAGCAGCAGCACAAGGAGCACUCUGAGCAGCGCCAGGCCAUCGAGGAGCUGGAACGCAACAUCCGAUUGGCUGAGGAGGUGUGUCCAGGAAUCACGGACAGGAUGGUCACGCACAUCAUUGCCAGGUACCAGAAAUUCACGACCAACUGAAGGACGGAGAGAUGGAGGGAGGAGGAAAAAUGAAGAGAGACUGUGUCUCCGUACGGUGACGCUGCUGGAUGAUUGGAAUCAGAGGAGAUUUGCUGUGCGAUGUCUCCUCGCUGUACACACACACAAUCACACACACAAUCACACACACACACACACACACAAUCACACACUUGCACAUACACGCACACACACACACACACACUACUAAUGUAAUAUAUACACUAUGUAUUAUAUAUAUACAUAUAUGUACACUGCUGCUGGUUGAAGACCUUUUUUCUCCCCAGAUUCAAAAGGCAGCUGCACUUUUGAAUUUUUGAAAGUACGACCCGGUUUGUCAGUUGGACUCGUGGUUUUCAUUUCCCGUUUUUAGGGUCAUGAACUUCUCGCUAUUUCUUUCUUUUGCUUUUUUUUUUUUUUGUUUGUUUGGUUUUUUUUUUUUGUAAUCACUUGUUUUGAAUUUGUUUAAAAUGAAGCAGACCAUUUUGUCAGACUUAAUUCAUAAGUAAUCUUCUUUAACUCCGUAUGUGCCUUAAGUCAUUUUUCUAAAAGAAGACGUCACUUUUUAUUUUAGAUGUUUUAGUUGAAACCGUACACAGAUAAUAUAUAGGAGAGGGUUCUUGUCCAUCAGCAGUGGUAUGGUUUGUGUCAUGGCUUGCCUUGGCCUUGUAUAUUUCUCUGUUUGUUGAGUAGCACUUCACACAGUUUAUAUGCCAUAUUGAAUUUUUGUUGUCGUCAGUGAUGUUUUUUGAUUACAGUUCCCUGAUCCCACAAUUCACUUCACAUCUGUUCUUCAAAUGUAAAAAAUUCAGUUUUCAAGGUUAAAUUUUGUCAUUUUCACUCUGAUUUUACAGUAAUGAAAACUUGAAAAGCAGAUUGCUCAGUUUUACUCACGAAUUCGUACGUUAACUAUUUUGAACAUUAAAGGAGAAAAACUUAUCUAAAAUGGUACACACUUUCUGAAUUUCAGAAACAUUUUUACUUCCAAGUUUCCAAUUUUAAGGAAGCUACAAGACAUUUACCUGGAUAGGCAGCUAGUAGCUUGCUAACCGGUUAGCUAGCUAGCUAGCAGGAUUUAACUGUCAAAUUAGCUAGCUAGCUGUUCACAAAGUAACUAACGUAAUUUAACUGUUAUAUCCUCAUGGUUAUUAAACUAGUUAAGAUAAAAUUACAAUUUAAAAUGUUCAAAAUGGCUGCCAACCGGUAACAUUGCACAACCGUUAGCAUCAAAAUUGGUAGAAAAUGGUGAAUUCUCGUUGUUGCUUUGAGUCUUGAAGUAAUAUUACUGGAAGAGUUUUGUUGCUUUGUGGGAUGUCAGUUUUUCCAAAACAAUUCUGGUUAAACUAAGAUUUUCUGGAAAGAUCUGCUCACGAGGCACAAAUGCGUCCGUCGCUCGCUUGGGAAAAGUCUGCGUCUGUUUUCCAUUAUGCAUCGAGUUUGGGAAAACGUUGAGAGCUGUCAACUUGUGUCUGGAUGUUGAUUUGUUUUUAACAUAAUUCUUGAUGUGUUAGGUUUUUUUUUUUGGAAAGUAGCACAGGUCCUUUUUUCGAGAAGCAUGAAGGGAGCUGUAAUCAAAGGUAUGACUGAAAGUUUGUACCAAAGACACUAUAAACUUGGUCAUUGUAUAUUUUUGUCUUUUUAUAUAUCAUAAGGGAUACAGUUAAUACUUGUCGAGGGGGGAAAUGUAAAAUGAAAGAUGUAAGAUUUUACUUUUUUUUUUGUAGCGGGACUUAGAGUUUUAUGAAUAAAUAUUUAAGUUUGAUUGAGAAA